AUGCCUCCCAAGCAGGAUUUGAACCGCUCAGGAUGGGAAUCCACCGACAUGCCUUCAGCGUGCGAAAAGUGCCUUGGUGACAACCCUUAUGUUCAGGUCUUGAAGGAGGAUUACGGUGCUGAAUGCAAAAUCUGCACUCGCCCAUUCACAGUGUUUCGCUGGAAGACGGAUCGCACGGCGCGCCAGAAGCGAACAAAUCUUUGCUUGACAUGCGCUAGACUGAAGAACUGCUGUCAGUGCUGUAUGCUUGACCUGAGCUUCGGACUUCCCAUUGUUGUACGCGACGCUGCCUUGAAGAUGAUCACACCUGGACCCAACAGCGAGAUCAACAGAGAGUAUUAUGCUCAGAACCACGAAAAGGAGAUCGAAGAAGGCAGGGGAGCUGUGGAGGCAUAUGAUCAGACGGAUGAAAAAGCUAGGGACCUGUUGCGCAGACUUGCCCAGAGCGAGCCGCACUAUAAAAAGCAGAGAAGACUGGAAGAGGAGGGUGCCGCAUCAGGACAGAAGAUGCUCGAAGGACCAUCCUCAGAAGGCGCCAGACCUGGACCCAUCCGUACAAAAGACUCGAAGCCAGCAGGAUACGGCCCUCCAUCACGCCCUGUCAAGGGAGCAUCAAGAGCACGCCCAUUCCCAAACACUGCAGCGCUGCCACCGCAACCACAAGAUAUUCUCCCCCCGGCCGACAAGCACGUCAUGUCACUUUUCGUUACUGGUGUCGAGGACGACCUUCCCGAGCACGACAUUCGCGUCUUCUUCUCACAAUUCGGAGCACUUCGCUCGCUUAUAUGUUCACAUCGAUCGCAUUGCGCAUUCGUCAAUUACAUGACCAGAGAUACGGCAGAAGCAGCGGCUGCAGCAUGUCAAGGAAGGGCAGUCGUCAAGGGUGUGCCACUACGAGUACAAUGGGGCAAGCCCAAGACGCUGGACAACAUGGACAGAGAAGCACGCAUGGCGAACGCAAGAGCUGGCCGUGAGACAAAUGCUGCAGUAAAGGCGGCAACGUCGGCCACCAGACCAGCAAUUGCUGCUGGACCUUCAUCGUCAGCAGCCGGACCAUCCACCAACACAGACAACUACGAUCUAGUCGCACCCCCGCCUGGAUCCGAGGAUGUCCAGUACGCAAGUUUGGCCGGCGAGUAG